AUCACCCAAGUUUCUGAAAACAGAAAGAAGCAAUAACUAAGUGUAAAAAGAAGAAGCAAAAGCUACAGAAUGGCAAAAACCCUCAGUUCCAUCUGCUUCACCACUCUCCUGCUCGUUGUCUUGUUGAUUUCAGCUGGUAUCCCGAAGAGCGAGGCGACGUGUACCAAGUACUUAGGCGAAGCCAUAUUGCCGUACCCAUGCAGGGAAAGCUACUGUGAAGCCAAAUGCGCUGAGAUUUACCACGAGUCAUGCAGAGGAGAGUGUGAGGAUCAUGAUCAUCACCACGGAGUGCAUUUAACAAAUGACCAUGACGACCAUUGCUACUGCUACGGUCGUUACUAAGCUGAUGAAGUUUACUCAUAAACUCGUACCGUAUUAAAUAAAAUAAAAAUGUAAGCGUGGUGGUUUCCUUCGAUUUAAGUGUCAUGUGUGAGUGUUGUUUUUUUUUUUUUUAUAAUUAAAUAAAAUAGUACGUAAGACGAAGCUAAUGACUUCUCUCCUAAGUAUAUUAUAAGAUCAUGUUGUAUGUUAUUUCGAUUUGAUAAUAAUAAAGUUGUUUUGUA